CUUCUCUAUAUGAUAUUUACAAGAAUUCAUAAAAACAAAAUUCUCUUGUAUAUCUAGUGUGUGGAGCGCAAGACACGUCACUUUACACCAACUUCUAGAUUGGCUAGGUGAAUUUUGUUUCGUAUAGAACGCAUUCAGUCGUCAUAUAUUGUGAAAAAAAAAGUUGUAUUUAUCGAUUUUGUAUUUUAUCUUUUAUUUUGAAUCAGCCAUCGUCUGUCAUAUUUGACUCAUGAUGUCUUUUGAACGAAGAAACGUCUCUAACAGAAAACAGUCUAUUUGCAGGAUUAUAAAGGUGGUUCAUCUCUUGUUUUCUGUAUUGAAAUUCUUCAAUUCCAUUGCGAGCUAAUUUAUCAUCAAGAUAUAUUUUUAAGAUACAUUUUUCUUGUGUUUAAAAACGUCUUAGGAAAAACAAAAAGAGUUAUUUAGAGUUUACAUUUAGAACGCUUUUAAACUGUGUUCGAAAAUUUUCUGUCACUUUUGAUCUGACCAGUGAACGACUUCUUCAAAUACAGAAAAAUUUAGUUUGAAAAGAAAAAUAUCUUGUAUAUUUUUUUGAUUUAGACAACAACGGCCUCAAUUGAAAGAUUAAACGUUCAUUUUCAUCUCAGAUUAUAGAGGAGGCUUUACUCUACAAAACAGACUUUCCUGAAUUAUUUUUAAACUACGAGAACUAAUAAAAUUCAUCAAUUUACUAUAAGAGUGUUGUUUCAAAAACUCGUGUUUUUAGCAAAAUCAAGUUUUACGUAGAAACUGGCGUUCAGGAAAAGGAUGGUAACGUCUGACGGUUUUGUCGUGUAUUCUAUUUCAACACCUCAUUUUCCAGAGAACUGUCCUCUCUAAUAUCCUACGCAGUCAAAGUAACUUUAGCAGUCAGCACAGGAAAGUUACACUUUCCCAGGUCAAAGAAUCUUACUGUAAGAUCAUAUGAAAUUCUUGUACAAACAUCGUAGGUUACGUCGUUUUUACGCGUUCGCUCAAAGAGUUCUGUAUUUCGUCAAACAAUUCGAUUGUAUGUCAUUCACUUCAACACACUUUCCGGACAGCAAAAAUGCCUGACGCUGAGAAUAAAUCCUUUAUUUGAAACGUCCGGCAUUGAAUGUGUUAAAAAGAGCAGUUUUGAAAGGGAGAAUACACUCCCAGACAAUUACUUUCCGCUAAGAUUGAUGAAAAUGACUAGGGACAUAACAGAAUGACGCUCUUAUACAAAAAAGUAUUUUCAAGAAAAACAAAAACCGAUACAACCAUUUCAGUCAUAGAAAUACGUUCUAAACCUUUUCACGUUUAACGAAACACCCGUUUGGGUUAUUCAGAAUACCUACAACUCGUCAUUUAGCCGUUGUUUUGCAAAUUUAAAAUACCUGUUGGUAUUGUUGUGACAUGAUAAAUCCUCAAACAUUUAACAGAAGACAGUUUAGUCAUCUUUUAGAAAACAAAAAGUUAGUUUUAACACAAAAAUGUACGAUGUUGAGAACUUCUGAAAACCUGAGCUUUCUGCCUUAGCUAUUUAUAACGUUCAAAUCGUUAUGCCCUCUAUAGGUUUUCUGUAAAUCGUUAAACCUAUUUUGGGUUAUUUUUCCCGCACUGGGUAUACCUUUCAGAGCUUUUUCAAGUACCUUUAGAGGGCAGAUUUGUUUAUAAAUUUCAAAUUUCAGUUCAUUCUUGUUCAGAAAUAAGCAUCACCUUGCCUCUGCCUUGGUAACGAAAUUCUUCGAACAACAUUUCGCCUUAAAUAUCAUUCAACUCAUAAAUGAAAUAAAUUUUUAAUCUACCACUUUCUAUAAAAAACAAAGUAAUGGAAGUAGAAAUUAGAGGACAAAAUGGAUAAUACUGUCUGCGUCAGAAUAACUUACGGAUGUGUCGAAUCUACCAAUUACUGAGUCCCUUCGGGUCACUCGAGAGAAACUUUUAGCAUCUCUGAGAAAAAACAGAUAUUUAAAACUUACUCGUCUUUUAUUUAGCUUUAUUCUUCAUAAUUGAGAAAUUGUCAAAAAUUGAUUAAAAUUUCUAUAUAACAGCAUAAUUUCUCAUCAAUUAUCAAAAAAAUGCUUUCAACUGUGAAUAAGAAUGAUGAUAUAAUCGAGAAAUGAACAUACUCCUAUAAAUAAAAAUGUUCUGUCCUAUUCCUACUCACUUUCCCAAUUUCUAUCGAGCACUGAACACUAACAAUGAGUCUACAACCAUUUCAAAAUCAACUAUUUUAUCCUUCUCCGGUCCAUUUUCAAUCUUCACAGAUUUAUUCUUAUUAUCUACCAUUCACGUCAUUACCAGAAGAAAUUAAUCCUCUAUUCAAUACAUCGUCCUCAUUUUCAUCUGGCUAUGAUAGUCUACACACAAGUUGUGAACAGUGUUUAUCACCCAUAUUUUUACAAAACGAUCGAAAGGCUUGUUAUUUUUCAACACCUCAAUCCUGUUUGUAUCCAUCAAUUUUGAGUUCAACACAAUGUUUGAGUGACUACGAUAAUUCAAGUUCAUCGUCAAUCAAAAGAACAAAAUAUUCAAAAUUAACUCUUGAUCAACGUCACACGGCGAAUAAACGUGAACGAAAACGGAUGGAAACAUUAAAUGAAGCAUUUGACCAUUUGAAAGAUUUAUUACCAAUACAAGUUGGUAAAAAACGACGAAGAAUGUCAAGAAUGGAUAUUGUUAGUGGAGCGAUUGCUUAUAUUCAACAACUACAGAAAUUAGUUGUCGAUAAUUAG